AUGAAUAGCACCACGGUGAGGGAAUUCAUUCUCUUGGGGUUUACGCAAAACCGAAAGCUUGAAAUCUUCAUAUUUCUGAUUAUUUUGUGGACGUAUAUUUUGACCAUCAUGGGGAACAUGGUAAUAAUUGUGAUCACACUGGUGGAUCACCACCUCUACACUCCAAUGUAUUUCUUCCUCCGCCAUUUUGCAAUCUUAGAGAUUGGGUUCACCACUUCCAUUAUUCCCAAAACACUGGCCAACAUGGCCAGGGGCCAUAAACGUAUCUCUAUAUCCGGUUGCUUUUCACAAAGCUUUCUGUACUUUGUCUUUGGGACAACAGAGUUCUUACUGUUGGCAGUGAUGUCUGUUGACAGAUACAUGGCCAUCUGUAACCCUCUUCGCUACUCAACUAUAAUGCACAGUCAAGUCUGCUCAUUGCUGGUGCUUUGCUCUUGGCUAGGAGGUUUUCUCCUGAUCCUGGGUCCAGCAGUUGCAUUAUUUCAGAUGCCGUUUUGUGGCCCAAACACUAUCAACCAUUUUUUCUGUGACAAUGGACCCUUGAUCAAACUUGCAUGUAUUGACACGAGCCUGCUUGAACUCCUGGACUUCCUCAUUGCCACAAUCUCUGUCAUUGGGACCUUGACGGUUACCAUUGUGUCCUACGUCAACAUUGUUUCCAGCAUCUUGCGCAUUCCAUCAUCUACUGGGAGGCAGAAGGCCUUCUCCACUUGUGCCUCCCACAUCACCGUGGUGUCUCUCACUUACGGCAGCUGCAUUUUCAUGUACAUCAAACCCCAAGGCAACGGCGAGGUCAACUUCAGCAAGCCUGUGGCGAUUCUUAAUGUAGUUAUAUCUCCUUUUCUUAAUCCAUUCAUAUACUGCUUAAGGAACAAGCAGGUUCAGGAUGCCCUGAGAACUCUAUGUAGACGGGGGGUUGAGUUUCGUAAAAAGUCUGUAGAGUGA